UAUUUGUUGCGUUAAAAAUAUAUUUGACAAUGUCGAUUAAUAGCAAAUUAUAAAUUGAAUAUACAUAUACGCUCUUAGAGAUUAUCUUUACUUAUCCCAUCAUUUAAAACCAAUUUUUUUUGAACUAAUAAACAAAGAGAUGUCAUUCCCGUCAAUUCGAAAAUUUGGCAACAUUGUACGGCCGAUCGACGACUUUUAAUUCAAGGAAAUUACAAAUUAUCCUUGUUUUCUAGGUGUUAAAAAAGCGUGUUAGUUUUAAAAAUAGUGAAUUUAUACAAGAAACACAAUGCAGAAGGCGAAAGGGUAACCAAAAGUGUUUAAUAAAAUGAAAAAAAUGUUAAUACAUUAGGCACUUGACUAGUUGACUAAGGAAGAACAGAAGCUGUUUAUUUACUAUUCAAUACUACAACAAUUCAUUCAUUUAAGUGUUGCUCAUAUAUUCAUAACAUAUUUUUGGAUGAAUAAAUAACCCGUUCAAAUGAUAUAAUAUGUAAAGUAACGGAAUGUGAAAUUUCGGAAUUUUUUUAACUUUGAAAUCUGGAGAAUUGAUGUAAUAUUACGAAAAGAAAACAUGCUCCACACUAUUAAGAAACCUUUCAGAACAUACUCUUAAGUUUAAAAUAUCUUUAACUGAUAAGCAAUAAUAUACAAAAUGGAAAUGGUGGUUCGAAAACUACCAAAGAAGAGAAAAUUUGAUCCCGCUGAGUUAGAUGAAGCAGGUCAAACUAGUUCAUGUAUUCCAGUGUCUGUAGUUCAAACUGCUCCAGCUGGUACCCCUAUUACGGCUGUAGAUUAUUCUUAUGGCUUACGUGCCCCCCAUCCAGCUCCUCUCCCUGUAGAUUUAAGUGAAUGGCGUGACCAUCGUGUACUUGCCAAGCAAGGUGAUUGGUAUAUUCCGGGAGUAAUCAGAGAAGCUGGUCCAAAAACUAUUACUGUUGCUUUGGAUAUGAAUCAAGAGAAAAUAACAUACGAGAAUGUAUUUGAUAAUGAGUGCUACAAUGUUAUUAGUGAUGCCAGUCCAUCAGUAAACCAAAUUAGUGUGUGUAGUAGAGUAUGUGUACGUCAUAAUCAGAGUAUGUUUGUCGAAGGUGUAGUAUGUAGUAUUCUUGAAGGCCAACCUGUAAGAUUUGUAGUAGCUGUAAUAGGGGAAAAGUCUUGUGAGCUAACAGUAAAGAGAGCUGAUUUGCGUCUUUUAAGACCACCAUGGUGGGAUGAAUUAGAGCAUUUGGAAUUAGCGAAUACACAAGUGACCGAGUUUUGUCAUACAUCUCCUCCUAUGUUACACACACCUGUUAGUACUUGUACGCCUGUGUCAAAUGGGCGUAUGUAUGAUGAGUUUUGCGAGAGCGAGGAUGAAUUGCGUUCGGAAACUUUUACCGAAGAAGCUAAAUUAUCUGGAGGAAGCAAGCGUAGCAGCGUUCAUAGCAGAGGUUCUUCGUCGAGUAGCGUUAAUUCACGUAGUCAACCGGCCACACCACACAAGUAUAAAAAAGGUGAUGUCGUUUCAAAUCCAAACGGUAUUAGGAAAAAGUUCAAUGGAAAACAGUGGCGUCGCUUGUGUUCGAAAGAUGGUUGCAACAAAGAAAGUCAGAGAAGAGGAUACUGCUCCCGUCAUCUCAGUCUUAAAGGAAACGGACUGCGAGGAGCGCCGUUUGCGAGGGCGAGCAGCAAGCAAGAAGGUGAAGAUACUUCUAGAGAUUCAGAGACGUCACCCAGUGGCCAAGACCGACGUGUCGCAGGGCGCUUCGAUCAAGAAGAAACUGAUGUUGCAAAUAUAUUGGUGUCAAUGGGCAGUUCACGUUCAGCUACACCAGCAGCAUUUUCCCCGGGAGUGACGGGCUCUCCUGUAGGUCGCCUGGGAGCGCCCUCCCCUGUUACAGUCGGUUCCCGUCAGAACGUGUUCUUACCUAUAGGCGGGGGUGCCCCCGCGUAUCCACCGUACCAUCAACCUGUUAUUCGUCCCGAACUGGUAAGGCCUGUGCAAUCUGCUCCCAGUGUGAUUAGGGUGUCCCCCCGGCCACGGCCUUGGCCCCCUGUGGCUCAGAUGGACUCCUCCCAAGUGGUUUUACAACACGGACCAGCGUCUGAAGACCGGCCCACGCCUUCAUCACUUUAUCCACAACGGCGAAGAGUGUUUCUUGUACAGCCCCAUGACAAAAAUGUAUUGGUCAUGAAGAACGAGGCCACGGAUAAUCAUAAAAUAGAAGAAACAAAACCUUUUCAGCGACAGGUGAUUCAAAGUGAGCAUCUGCGACAAGCGGCCGUUAUAGUGCGGCCAACCCAGCUGGUGCCUGUGCUGCCUGCGGCCCAACCAAGAGGCGCGCUCACCGGUGUCAUAGUAAGCCCGGAACAGAGCGCGGAAUCCAGCUGCCAGGCGCCGCCGCCUCAUGUUGGCAGCCCGGCAUCCGCGUUCGCCGUUCCCUGGCACGCGGUGGUGCCCGUCUUGGGGGGAGGCCGCGCCCCUAUAUCGCCCGGCGUCGACCUGGGCGAAGACGAAGCCCCCGAGGCCGACAAUCUGCCUCCGUCCACUGAAGACGAUGACGACGUGUUCGAGUCGGAGAACGGCGAUCACGUGGAGCCGGGAAGGCUUGCUUGUCCACCUCAGCGACGAUCCCAGUCUCUCAGCGCCCUGCACACCAAGGAGGCCAAGAAUAACAAGGAGCGCAUUCGAAGACCUAUGAAUGCCUUUAUGAUAUUUUCCAAGCGGCAUCGUGGGCUGGUCCACCAGAGACAUCCCAAUCAGGACAAUCGCACGGUGUCGAAAAUCCUAGGCGAGUGGUGGUAUGCGCUGGGCCCGGCGGAGAAGAAAAAGUAUCACGAGUUGGCGACCGAAGUGAAAGAAGCACACUUUCGCGCUCACCCUGAGUGGAAGUGGUGUAACAAGGACCGGCGCAAAUCCUCAACAGGUUCGGGCCGUAGUAAGCUUAGUUCCACCAGCGAAGGAGACGUGCCUGUCAGUCCCGGUCCUAUUGAACGCCCUUUGGAAGACGAGGAUGACGACAAUUUAGUCAUCGUGGAUGCCGCGCUGUCACACGACAUCGAUCUUAAAUGCAAAGAAAAAGUCACCGACUCGGACUCGGAGUCCCACUGCGACAUAGACGUGGGGUCGCAGCCUGGGGGGUUUAGUCCAGCUACUCCGUCUUUUCACGGUGCAUACUCUUUUCAAAACCCCAUUAAGAAUGUGCCGUCUUCACCGCAACCAAUUAAAGUAGAAGAUCCGUUAGCAAUCCCCACCCCUGACGCCGUGUUUAGACCGAAAACUUCACCUUUGACGCCCACAACCGCAUUUUCUACAGCUAAUGGGCCCGCAUUGACCAUUCUGAAAUCGAGCGGCAACCUUAAAGGCACGCCUGACAGUUAUCAAUCCCCACUGGCAGUAUUGAUCGGUAGCAACACUCCGACGUUGUGUUUAGCGGCGCCCGAGUCAUCGGCCGAAAGACAACCGUUCAUGGUGCAGGUGGCUUCUACGGCAGCCUCGGAGUUACCAGUCCAGUGCGUUUAUGUCCAACCCCAGAACUACGAGUCGGCUCGCGGCCUCGCCUUUCAACUGCCCAAUCUUCCUAACUCCGGCGUCGCUUCCAGCCAUUCGGUCAUAGUGAGCCAGCAGUCACGGGUCCAUGCACCAGAAGAACAUGUUCCAACGACGCCAAAUAACCCAGGUGCAGCUUUUACAAGGCAGAAGCUGGAAGCGGGUUGCGGAGAGGAGGACGCGAGCCGCGAAGGAAGCGGAGGCGAGUUCAAGUUGGCGCCGACGCCGGCCCAGCUGGGCCGCGCGCCGCUGCAGAGGCGCCAGUCGAUGGCCGCUACCACGGCGCAGCCCGGUCCCGACACCAGUCCCGACGGCCACUGCGUCAAGAAGAGCUUCUUCAAGCGCAACAUCGAGGAUGGCAUGGACAGAGUACUGGACGCCGUCAACUUCGAGGCCAAGUUCUCGUCCUUGCCCCGUUUCCAACCGAAUGAAGGCCAGUCUCCCAGCGCCAUCUCCAUCCCCAGUCCGGGGCUGUUCGGCUGCCGUCUGCGCCCUCCCUUGACGGCACCUGCCAGGGGACCUCAGGAGGAAGGCCCCCUCGGCCACCCGGCUGAGGCGCCGCUCUCGCUGCCCUCGGCGCGGCCUCUGGCCGGCACCCACUUCUUCGGGCCCGACUUCAGCCUGGAGAGCGUUCGAGAGCUGCAGGAGGCCGAGGAGGCCACUUCGCCCUCUCCGCGGACGCCACGUACUCCUGGGACCAAAGACGCGGACAAGGGCCACCGCCGUAUCCUCGAGCAGCGCCGCACGCUUGUCAUGCAACUUUUCGCCGAGCAUUCGUUUUUUCCCACCUCACAGGCGACCACCAAAUUCCAAGCAGAGCAUGCGGAUAUUUUUCCGACCAAAGGAAGCCUGCAGUUGAAGAUACGUGAAGUGCGGCAGAAACUGAUGGCACAGACGACCCAGCUGACCCCUUUGACGCCUAGCGCAGGUCCGAACCAAGGACCUUCUUCUGCUGGCCCGCAGGAACCUCUCAAAGUCUCGUCCAGCAGCUAGCCCGCCUUCUACGAAGGCAUUGUGUCUUCCUUAACUGGAUGUUUUCCACCGACACUUUUUUAAUCGACAUAGGGGUUGCGUUCAGUUCUUUAACGAAUUAUAGUUGCUUAAAUGCAGUUUGUGGAAAAAGUCGUUAUCUAUAAUAGCGGUUAUUAUGAAUAUCUUAGUAAGGCAGGCAGAGGUAAAUAAUUUGUUAGUCUGUAGAGCGUCUUAAGUUGUGCUCAUUCUAACGACCUUUUGUCAUUGGAUGCAAUAUUUACAUUUAUUCUUUAACUUUAUACACAUACAUAUUUAUUUUAACUUGGAUCGAUUUAGUUAUCUGAUCAACACAAAAAGUUUGCUGGGUUAUUUUUAAAAUUUUGGUCGCUUAUUUUUGUCUUGUAUUGACAUGAAAUGGCUUUACUUUGAAAUUUUAACUAAAUUAUAUUUACCUUUUACUGAAUAUUUUUAAUAACAAACAAUUUUGUUCGUGUUGUGGCGUUUUUAAAAUACAGGUGGUGUUAGAAGGCCUUCAAUGACACGAGGUUUAAAUAUGUAAUUUAGGUAACGAUAACAUGCGGAGUGUAUAUGAAAACAUAUUUUCUCUUUCCUUACGACAGUAGGACCAUUUUGUGAUUUUAAAUAAUAGUAACACAUUGCUCUAUUUUUUGAGCGUUUAUCUAUUACUUAUCGCUUUCAAAUAUUAAACUUAAAAUAAUCAUCAUAAUAAUAUAAAAUUAUUAUGAAUGCAAUAGUUUGAUUGUUUAGAUUUAUUUAAGAUCACGUGGUAUUUUAAUACCUAUUCAAUGCAGUUCCCAUUUUUAAGUGAAAAAUAGAUAAAUUAUUAUGAUAGUAUGAUAUAAUACUUGAACUUGAAACAUUUUACAUUGUUUUGCAGCUAUUUAAUAACAGGAUGAUGAUGUCGAUAUUAAAAAAAAAAUCCGUACAGUAACUUUAGGAAGCAGCAUAUAUUCCUUGAUCUACUUUUUAAGAUUGUCCAUAGAAAGUUUUAUUAUUUUUCACUUAAUUUAACUAAAUAGUCUUGAACAGCUAUUAUAGGAUAAAAAAAAUGUGUGUGCACUAUGUGCGCAUAUUUGAAGUGAAACUUCCUGUUACUUUUGUCUGUCUGUCCGUUUGAGAACUCCAUUCGGGUACCUUUAUCCACGUGCCGAGUUUGGUUCCAAUCGACCCAUAAUUAAAAAAAAUCCUGGUUAGGGGCAUCAGUUCGAAACGUCGAGAGCGUCAUCCUGUAGCCCGUCCCCAGUUAUGUCGAAAUCGACCCACAUUUUUCUUCAAUAUCAAAUCCUUAGUCCCAUCCUGAUGAAGAUAUCAACGAAACGUCGUCAAAAAUGACUCUUCGAGCUCCAUCUACAUUCCGGGUUUCAGCCCCCUAGCUCACAGGGCCCGAGUUACGACGAUCCGUCUUAACCCCCGAUCGUUACCACUUUUCUUGACGCCCCUCGUGUGUCACGGCCUUGAAUUUUUAAUCCCAUCGUGCUUAAAGAAGUUUCAUUUCAAAAACAUUUCAACUUUUUCCUUCUGACGUUUCAGGUGAUUCUAAAAAAUAGCCUAUUCUACAGACAAUUCCUGUAUAAAAAUUUAUCAAAAAUGUAAUUUUCUUGAUAUACCCAUAAGUUUAUUAAUGUUUUUAUGAGGGGAAAAAGAAAGAUUUUGAUAAAUUUUCCUUUUGUGUUAUUUUAUUUAAUGGUGCUCUUAAUUAAUUAAACUAACUUAGAAAAAAUAAACAUGAUUAUAAAAAAUGUGCCACUGACAGUAAUCUUAAAUAUAUAUUUUAUUAGAUCAUUGAACACCUUGUGCAAUAAUAGUGUCGUCACUCUUUACAAAUUGUUAUAAUACUCUUAUAUUGAAGUAACUUAUCUAACUUGGAGUAGAAUUUCGAAUAUAAUUAUUAAUUUAAACUAAUCAUCACAAGUAAAGAACGAAGAUUUUCAGAAUUAAAUUCGUCUGAGUUUGUAUUACCGUACAGCUGAAUAAUCAAAUUUUUAUAUAU